UGGGCCCAACUUGCUCAGUUGUGCCGUGGCAGUUGGCCGAGUCAGACGCGUAAUUUAAGCCGAGAUCUCAAGACUCGCAAGCGAACGAACCGCAACGCGACUUUUAGACUUUGAACGCGCCAGGGGGGGGAAGUCUCUCUGUCGCUCUCUCUCUCUCUCUCUCUUUCGCGUCGGCGGCCUCAAGGUUAAACCGAUGUCAUUUUUUCGCAAUAUACGCUCGUCGCUGGCCUCGUCCAGAAAGAGCUCGUCGCGCGACACAACGCCCGUGCGCAGCGGCAGCUCCCGGCCGGCGAGCGUGAUCAGUUCUAGACGGGAUUCCACAACCAGCUCGACGCUGCAGCGCGGCGAUACCUUCAUACUGAACGGCUCCGAUGAGGAGCAGCAGCGCGGCACCGAGUCCAACAGCAGCACGCUGGAGAAGAAGUCAAAGAAAUCGAAGGUGUUCAGCAAAUUUAGCACGUUCACCAAGCGCAAGAAGCCGCCCUCGCCGGAGGAGGUGGCCAGCUAUGAGCAUCAUCCCAGCGAUACGGCCACGAAUACGUACUACAAAUGGCGCAACGAUGGGGAUCGUAUGCUCGACUACGAUGCGCACACGGAUCCAUUCAAUUUCCUCUACGAACAGGGCAGUCAGAAGUCCAGACAAUCGUCGGAUGGCAUGCAGCGGCAGCCCAGCCUCGGCUCCACGUCCAGCGGCAGCUUCGACAGCAGCACCUAUCGCAAGAGCAAGACGCCGACACAUCUGCGCGAGCAGCUGGAGCAGCUGAAGACGCACUCGAAGGAUGAUCUGCUCGAGGAGGAUGAGCGCGACAAGUACAAGACGGUCACACUGAACAGCUUUCGGAAAUCCUUCAGGGAGCGCCUGCUGCAGCAGCAAAAGGAGACGCCGCAUAAUCCCGCCUGGUUUGUGGAGGUGCCCGCGCCGCCGGCUGCAGCGCAGCAGUCAGCAGCCGGCCAUCGAUGGGACUCCAAGGAGAAUCGACCCGAUUUUCUUGUUUUCGAGAAUGACAAUUAUCGGCCGCAGUCGCGCUCGCCGCUGCGCGACAGACCCUCACGCUCCGCCACCCGCUCGCCCGUCAAGCGCAAUGAGACAUUUCGCGUGGCGCAGCCCACGCUGCGGCACAUGUCGCCUUCACCGACGCCGCCGACGCCCGCGUCUGCCAUACGCAUCGAGAUCAAGAACUCCAUAUUGCCGCACUCGCCGGGCCGCCUGGUGCCGGUGGGCGUGGCCAAGCCCAUGCCCACAACGGAGUACUAUGCGCAGCGGCUCUUGGCCAGCAGCGUUGCGCGUCAAACGCCGCCGGCGGGCAAAUGGUAUCGCAGUCCGAGUCAGCAUUCGCCCACGCGGCAUAUGGGCGUGGCACAGCAGCAGCAGCCACAGCAGCAGCAGCAGCAGCAGCAGCAGCAGCGCAGCAGCGGUCGCUAUCAGACGCUCGUGCAGAUUGGCAGCGAGCAGGCCAAGUUGUCGCCGGCGCCCGCCCGAGGACGUGCACCCACCCGCGUACAGCUCUACGGUAGCAAGCCGAGUAGUCGACAGCAGCCGCCCGCCUCCACCUACUUUGGCGGCCAUUAUAAUGCACCUGUGCCCGCGUCCAAGCCGUUGACCAGUUCGCGUCAGAGUUCUGCCGGCGGCGUGGGCGUUACCAGCACCAAUUGGGGGCGUCGCGAGCAGCCGACGUCCAGAGCCGUUCACGUACACGCCCCCGCGCCGCGACGCAAUCGCUCGCCGAUCAAGAUUCCAUGGCGAUAGUUCGAACAUACGACUGAUCAAAUACAAUCAGCUAGAGCUGAGCGCGUGACACGAACACGAGCACGAGCACGAAACGAGACGUGUUUACAAGUAAAACACACACAAAACGAAUCACAAGUUAAAUUUGAAAUAAUACUAAAUUA